AUGUACCUUCGGCGUUGUCGCCUCGCCGGUCAUCGCUACCCCAAGCUUUACCACAGAAGACGCCACAACGACUCGACUUCAUUUCUCUCCCUCGACCACAGCCUAUUUGUUAACGUUCUAUCAUCCGCGCUCGCAUCCUUUUCAGAUGUUAUUUCGGUGCUUGCUUUCCUUCUCGCUGAUAAGCGUCACAACUUCAUGCUAGUACGCACCACGGCGACCUCACUUCUUCGUCCGACAUGCUUCUGUCUCUUUAGCCAUACCAAUACUCAAAUCCCCCUGUUUCUUGUCAUUUUUGCCCAGUGCGCGCCGUUACCUUCAUCUUAUUCUUCACCGUCUUCACCGUCCUCAUUCGUGCGCCGAAGCCCUUUCUUUAAAUUCGAUGAACCUCCUUCUCGCAACCCCAUAUCUCUCUGA